AUGCCAUUGAGAAAACAAUUCCAUAACCCAGAAGAUCCUCGAGAUGCAGAAGAGUUGCUAAAUUAUCUUGAACAAUUAAGUUCUGAUGACGAAGACUAUGAGGAAGUGCAACAUGCUCAGAAAUUGGAGCUAAUUCUUCUUCCUCCCAACAAUGCUGCCGAUAGUGACAAAGACGAUGCUCCGAGCGACGAAGAAGAUGUAGGUACCAUCCGAAGCAUUGGAAAGGGAGUGCUCAGAGAACCUAUGGAGGUUUUUAGCGUUGAUGAUGAGAAUGUGAAGACACAACUAAAUUUACUGCCACAAAAACAUGUUAGUGAUACCGACCUUGAAACAUCCGACAGUGAAUCUUCGGAAGAUAAUAAACCGCUAGCCAUUUUAUUCGCUAAGGAGUUGAAAGAGAAAGAAAUCAAAAGAAACAUCAAAAAACGUCAGUGGAAUACAGUCAACUUGAAAACAAGAAAUGAAAAAUCAAAAUUACCCGUUACACCAGAACCAAGCUUUGUUCAAACAAUUAGAGAUGAAAAUUUGCAACCAAUCGAUAUUUUCAAAAAUUUUUAUGAUGAAGAAUUCAUGAAAUUCUUUUGCGAUGAAAGUGAAAAGUAUGCAGCCUUCAAAGGUGAUCAUGAAUUUAGAUUAUCUUCUGAUGAGUUAUACAAGUACUUUGCAAUUCUGUUCUUAUCCGGGUAUUGUAAAGUGCCAAAUAGAAGGCUUUACUGGGAAACACAACCAGAUACAUUCAAUCAUUUGGUCAGUAAUAGUAUGUCUAGAAAUAGAUUUGAGCUCAUCCAUCGAUAUCUUCACUUCAACGAUAAUAAUAAAAUUGAUCAGAAGAACAAAAUAUAUAAAAUUCAGCCAUUAGUUGAUCAUGUAAAUAGAGUUUCCCAGAAUAUCUUCCAGCCCUUAGGUUCAAACUUUUCGGUUGAUGAGGCAAUGGAGCCAUACUAUGGCCAUCACAGCAUGAAGCAAUUCAUCAAGGGCAAGCCGAUAAGAUAUGGCUUCAAAUUCUGGUGCCUAGCAACUUCUGAAGGAUAUCUCUUGAAAUUCAAUCCUUAUUGUGGGGCUGGAGAAAAGCUUCAUGGCAAAACCUUGGGAUCUAGUGUCUGCGAGAAUCUAUGUUUGAACUACCUUCCAGAGCAAAGUACUAUAUACAUUGAUAAUUAUUUCACUUCUUUGCCAUUAUUACAUACUUUCAGAGGAUAUAACUUGAAUUGUAUUGGAACAAUCAGAUCAGACAGGAUAGAAAAGGCACCACUCAGAGACCUCAAAAAAGAAAAGCGAGGAUCAACACAUGCUAUUACCGAUACAGCGAACAACAUAACACUUAUACGUUGGAAUGACAAUAACCAGGGUACCCCUUUAGGAAUGUAUCCAUGA